CGCGCCCGCUGUGCGUUGCUGAAAUGCAUCCGGCUGCCCGUGACAGCGUCAAGGGCGGCGUCCGCCCUGAGGGCGCCCCGCUGCCGUCACAGCGAUAGAGCAGCGCCGGCGUGGGCUUCAGAGCGCCCCUCGCAGCUGCGCGCAGGGCUGUGGGACGUUUGAGGGACAGUGUUGCUGCUGCGGCGCUGCUGUGGGAAGAGCAUGGGGCCAGCAGAGACAGUGCAGAAGAUCAGCAUUAACACCGAGAGCAGCCCCCGGGGUAGCGAGAGGAACAGCUCUGGGGUGGCAGGUGCUGAGAGAGUUCCCCCCGGCAGCUGGAGGCAGAAGUGUGCAGCCUAUGUGCUGGCCCUCAGACCGUGGAGUUUCAGUGCCUCCCUCACCCCUGUGGCCCUGGGCAGCGCUCUGGCAUACCGGGCCCAGGGAACACUGGACCCGGGGCUGCUCGUGGGCAGCGCUGUCACUGUUCUGGCUGUGCAUGGAGCCGGCAACUUGGUGAACACCUACUACGACUUCUCCAAAGGCAUCGAUCACAAGAAGAGCGAUGACAGGACUUUGGUGGACCAGAUUUUAGAGCCUCAGGACGUAGUCCGGUUUGGAGUCUUCCUUUAUACGGUGGGCUGUAUCUGUGCUGCUGGGCUCUAUGCUGUCUCAACGCUCAAACUGGAGCACCUUGCCCUGAUUUACUUUGGAGGACUUUCCAGCUCUUUCCUUUAUACUGGAGGGAUUGGAUUUAAAUAUGUUGCACUCGGAGACGUGGUGAUCCUGAUCACCUUUGGGCCUCUGGCUGUCAUGUUUGCCCACGCUGUGCAGGUUGGGUAUCUGUCUGUCUCGCCCCUGCUCUACGCUAUCCCAUUAGCUCUCAGUACUGAGGCCAUCCUGCACAGCAACAACACCCGGGACAUGGAUUCUGACCAGCAGGCGGGCAUUGUCACCUUGGCUAUCCUCAUCGGCCCCGCGUUCUCCUAUGUUCUCUACACUGUGCUGCUCUUCUUGCCCUACCUGAUUUUCUGUGUGCUGGCCACGCGCUAUACCAUCAGCAUGGCAUUGCCACUGCUCACCAUCCCGAUGGCAUUUUCACUGGAGAGGCAGUUUCGGAGUCAGAACUUCAACAAAAUCCCUCAGCGGACAGCCAAACUCAAUCUCCUCUUGGGGCUUUUCUAUGUUUUUGGGAUUACACUGGCACCACCCGGUGCUCUGCCCAAACUGUAACAAGAGGUGUCGAGUAGGGCCUCACAAUUCAGUAUUAAUGCCAAUUAAGAGUGGAUUAUGUGGGUAGAUAGCCCACUAUGGACAGUGGGAAGAAUGAAAAGACCAUCCCGAGCUGUUGAUUAUAUGCGAAUUUAUGAUUUCUGGUCUUGGUUAGCUUGUACGAGAGAUUUUAAAGCAGUGAUCUGUCAAUUCUUUGGAAGGGAUGAACUACGCAGCUUUGCUGCAGGGGACAAAAGCGAUGGGAGGACAAGGAAACGUUUAAACAACCUCAUCCUUCUGCCACUGAAUUCUUUCACUGUCAACUCAAUGAAAGUAAGAUUGAGCCUCAAAUACAGACUCUGUUCCUUCACAAGCACAGUAAUUGCUCUUAUGACUCCUUUUGUUACCAUGGUCAAGUAGUCUAGUGGCUCCUGCAUGGUAAAUGGAAAACACUGCCAAACAGUUAGCAUCACAAUGAUGUAGGUGCUAUUACUUCACUUCCUUGUGAGCAUAGUUCAUCUCCAUCUGUUGUAUAUUUUAAUUUUUAUUGGGUUUUUUCCCCUUGCCAAAUUUUAAGCUUUUAUUUUGAAGCCCCCUUGAAGCUGCCACUUCAUUAACUAUUGCUGCUGCAUGGUCCUUAGAGUCUAGAAAUUUCAAAGUUAUGUAUCUCUGUGGGUUGUUGGUGCUAAAAUGGAGCACAAAUAGCCCACUGCACAAACUAUAUGCCUAAACCAAUAAAUUCAUGUUCUGCUACAAAAGCUGAAGCUGUAAAUGCAAAUCAUGCAACUGAAAAGCCCUCGAUGCACAGAAAAACAAGUGGUUUCCAGUUUUGCAUUUGCUUAGAAUUUAAUACCUGAAAUGAGAGUCUUGGUGUUAAGGGGGAACCGACAGACAAGGCCAGAUUUCUCUGGCUGGAUAUGGAUACGUGAGUAGAACGACAAAUUCUUAGUUUAAAAUUAUUUAAAGGCCCAGUAUUAUAGUCAAAUAUAUAGUCAAAUCGAGUAUUAUAGUCAAAUGUUUUGUUAUAAGAAGCCCAGCUGAGCAAUGGAGAAAGAUAAAGGGAUACAAAAAAGGAAAUCCGUAAUACUGCAUUGCUUCUGCAUAAAAAUUAGGACCAGAAACCAUUUUUGUUCACAAGACUUUUCCGAAUAGAGUCUAGAGUUUAUGUGACUGAAUCACAUUUACAUGUUAAGUUAGCUCUGAAGUGAAGUUCCCCACUUCUUUUCACCUCCCUACGCCUUAUGGUGGUGUUCUGUUUUCUCCUGCAGAUCUUGCCACCUGAUAUUCAUGUGGCCAUUUGGAGAACUGAUUGUUUCAGCAAUUGUGUAAGCAGUAUGAAAAGCAUGUCAAAGGCAAGAGGGAGAAAGUGGGACUUCCCAUGCAAAGAUGAAUUUGAACUGUACCCUGUUACUUGGUGGCAACUGAAUUCUCUUCUGUGUUGAAGAAAAAAAUAUUUAUUUCCUGUAUGCAGGGUUUGGUGAAAAGUUUGUUCAUGGGAGUGGUGGAAAGCUUCAGAGGAAUCGAUGCAGGUGUCGAACUAGAGGUGCUGGUGCCUGGAGCACAACCUUGCUUCUGAAUCCAGUUGGAGCGUGGUAGCCACUAUAUAAAGGGCUGUUAAACAUGAGCAAUAACCAAGCAAUAAACUAGCAUUUAUUGUGUUACCCUGCAGCUGUCAUAGUUAAGUUUUGCCCUUGUGGUGUUCAUCUGACCAGUGGAGUGUACUGAUGGCACUGAAGCUGAGUUGAGGGCACAAGGUUAUGUGGUAUGGAUAGUUAAGUGACUGCUUUUAUGGCUUCACGUCAUCCUGUAUUACCCAGCUGUUGGUCUUCUGCUUACAGCUGAGCUGUAAUCAACAGGAAGGAUUCUUUGCUGAUGCAUUUUAUAAGGCAUGGUUUCAUUUUUUAUUAAAAUCAGGCAUGUGACCUCUAAUCUGACUAGGUACAAGAUGAGAGAAUGUGGACUUCAGCUACUCUCUGCUGCUUUCUGCUGCAAAAUACUUGUUUAGGUUAGAAACAUGAGGAGAAAACACAGAAGUUCAGCUCGGCUGGAUGGAGAUACCCAGCAGGUUUUGGAAAAUGGUUUCAAUACAGACAUACACAACGCAGUAUCUGUUGUUACUUCUUUGUGGAACUACAAGAAUAAAGAAGAAACUGGUUCGAAGGCACACUUCACUUUUUUGCAAAGCAAAAGCUUUUCUGGGGAUAUGGACUGAACCGGUGAAUCUGUUAACCUUGCAGUUGGGGAUAUCUGGGUUUAUUAGGUUAAUCCCAGCAUGGCUUUGUAGCUCCCUUUGUGGCAGCUCUGUGCUUUGUUUCAUGAUGGCUUGGUUUUAUAUAGCUAUCAAUUGAAAAAAAUGGAUGGUUAUUACCUUUUUUCCUAUGCCUUUCACAUAAACUAGAGUACUCAGGCUAAAUUCCUUUAGGUAACUAAUCGUUGACUCAUAUCUUUAAUAAACUGCAGUUGUAAGAGGGGGAAGAUCUAGGAUUAUCAUCAUUGGUGGAGCAGUGUAAGCAGUUCUAGUUGUAUCUAGGCUCCCUUUUACUAGCAGGGAUCCCUUACCCCCAUGUGGAAUGUCUGCUUACUGCUGGAAAGGACCAGGGCUUUUCCUUACAGAGAUGAAGGAAAAGCUCACUAGUACACCUAUAUGUUUGUGGAAGACUUUUCAAGGUGGGGGGGAUUCAAAGCAUUGUAAAAAUGAGAUGAUAAUUCACUGAUUCCUUACUACCAGAUGUUGGUUGCCUCCAAUUCCCUGUCUGUAAAAACAAUAUCAUUCCAGAUUCUUAAGGGUAUUGAUAAUAAAUAACUCAUUCUUCACUAUGCCUUUGAGGAAGUCAUUUAACUUUUAUGUGUCUCGGAAAAAAACCUAAGUUUUGCCUACCUCACAGGGAUGCUGAGCUGACAUCAUUGUCAUAGAGAGCUUUGAAAGUAAAAAGUGCUUUAUCUCUGUGUGGUUUCCACAAAGCAUGUUAGUACUAGAAAACAUUUUAGGUAUGAACUAACCUGAUAGGUGACUCAAUCAAGGAAAGUAGACCAAAAUAAUCUCCACAUAGCCAUUGAGUGGUAAGAGAGAGGUUACCUUAUUGGUUCUUUCUCUACCCUUCUCGUCCCUGUCUGAUGCUACUUUCCGUGAAUAUAAAAUCACAGAAUCCUGGAAUGGGUUGGUUUGGAAGGGACCCCAAACCCUAUCCAGUUCCACCCUCCCUGCCAUGGGGAGAGACACCUCCCGCUGGAUCAGGUUACUCAAAGCCCCAUCCAACCUGGCCUUGAAAACUUCAAGGGAUGGGGCAACCACGACUUCUCUAGGCAUUCCGUUCCAGUGCCUCAUCACUCUCACAAUUAAUAGAAGUUAAUAAACGGUUUAAACUUCUUUUGGGUCUCUUGAUGAGCUGUGUUGCAGUGUGAUGAAUCUGCACUGGUAGACGAACAGAUCUGUAGCCCUUCUGUUAAUGUGUCGUAAAAUGCCUCCUUGCCUUUCUUCUGCUCCAAUAAAGCGUCUGAAUGUUAUUCUCUUAAUUAUGCUGUGUUUGAUUAUUUUAUAUCACUCCAGUUUGAUUUUUGCACAAGUAGUAAAGCAUCUCUCUGGAAGGAGGACGGUCUUUGUCUGCCGUCUUUAUAGCGAAUGCAUGAAAUAUCGUACCCUUUUUUGUAACAGCCUUUUUAUGAAACACAUAAUUCUGUCUUUCCAUAUCAUUGAGUAAAACAUUCAAUAGCAGCGAUCAUCUCGUGCUGAUGGCAGACUUCAGAGUAGUUUCAGUAUUUUCAUCAAUGAGCAGAAUUUUCUUUGAUGUGGUUUUCUGUGCCAUGUAUUGUUCAGCAUUUGUAAGGGGGCUUCAGCUGAACUUUUAAUCUU